AUGGGACUUCUAACAUUAUUGAAGAAGAAGAGAUCACCAUCACCACCACCACCUCGUCAAACGCCUCCAUUAGAAUUCAGAAUAUACUGUCAUAACAUUAGACAAGAUACUCAAAACUUGCAGCCUAAUGAACAACCAUGGCAUAAACGUAGACAAGGCGUUAGUGCAUCGAUAUUUCACAAUUCCCAAAAACAUCCCCAAUUGCCUUUCAUUGUAGGCCUUCAGGAAGUUAAACACAAUCAAUUGCAUGAUAUACUCUUUUCCUUAGGUUCAGAAUGGACAUAUUUUGGUGUGGGAAGAGAUGAUGGUAAAACUAAGGGGGAAUUCUGUCCCAUAUUAUAUAAACCAAGCGAAUGGCAGCUUGUUAAAGGAGAAACCCUUUGGUUAAGUACAACACCUGAAAAACCUUCAAAAAGUUGGGAUAGUGCUUGUGCUAGAAUAUUGACCAUAGUGGAAUUACGUCAUAAACUGGGGAAUUUAGUCAAAAUCAUAAAUACCCAUUUUGACCAUAAAUCUUCCAAAGCAAGACUUAACAGUGCUAAGAUGGUACUUAAGUCGAUAGACCCUGAAGAGAAUGUGGUUGUUUGUGGGGAUUUGAACAGCGAUCGAGAGGGAGAGAGUUAUAAUGUUCUCAGUUCAAGUUUCCUUAAAGAUUCAUCCAUCGACAGUCCUAUAAAGCAAGGAUUUGAAACCACCAAUACUGGGUUUACCCCGGGAGAAGAGAACCUGAUAGAUUUCAUCUGGACCAACAGAUCCUUCAAGUAUCAUGAGGUUUUAUCACAUGAUGUGGGUCAAGGUUUAUUCAGCGAUCACCGUCCAGUGUUAGCUGUAGUCAGUGUUUAG